GCGGUGCGAGCGAGUGGACUUGGUCCACAGCCCCAGUAGGCUACGCAUAGAAAGAGAGAGAGUCGGGUAGCUCAGCUGCAAGUGCAGUAUCUGAGGUUUGCGGCAUAUAUUCCAAACAGCUUGGAGGAGUGUGGAAGAAACCGUCUAGUCAAGCCAACUCCAAACAAACUGCAUUAUACGUGUUUUCGCGGUCAGGUGCUUAGGCUUGCGGGUUUUACAACAUCGUUUUUGUUGAUAGCCUGUAUUUUAAUACAUCUUUGCAAAUGGCAAGUCCGUCUGCAGAUAUAGGACAGCCACACCAGCGACAUCCUCCCGAAUCGGCCUCGGAGCCAGCGUUUCUAGAAGCGCAGAAAUGGAUUGAGGCAGUCACAGGCAGAGGCUUUUGCGACAAGGACUUCAGGGGAGGCCUGGAGAAUGGGAUCCUGCUGUGCGAGUUGUUGAGCUCCAUCAAACCUGGCUUGGUGAAGAAAAUCAACAGAUUACCCACUCCGAUUGCUGGCCUGGACAACCUGAGUGUCUUCCUGCGUGGCUGUGAGGAGCUGGGGCUGAAGGGCUCGCAGUUGUUUGACCCUGGGGACCUGCAGGUCGCGUCCACACGCCCAAACGCCAAGUUCGCAGACUGCAGCAGGAAGCUGAAGAAUGUUCUAGUAACCAUAUAUUGGCUGGGUCGGGCUGCCAACAGCUGCACCUCCUACAACGGGCCCACACUGGACCUGAAGGAGUUUGAAGGCCUGCUGUCACAGAUGCGAAAGGAGGCAGACGACACAGAGAGCCCACAACGCAGCAUACGGGACAGCGGCUACGUCGACUGCUGGGACUCAGAGCGCAGCGAUUCGCUCUCCCCGCCACGUCACGGCCGGGAGGACUCUUUCGACAGCCUGGACUCGUUCGGCUCACGCUCCAGACAGACUCCCUCGCCGGACGUACCGGUCGCCCGCGGCAUCGGCAGUGAUGGUCGUGGCAGCGACUCGGAGUCCGACGCUGGACCCCACGGGGGCAGGAAGCUGCCAGACAUACGCAAGGACGACAUGCUGGCACGGCGGACAUCUGUCAGCGAGCCCCGAGUGCUAGUGCCCUUCAACCAGUACCUGCCCAACAAGAGCAAUGCCAGUGGCUAUGUGCCCACACCUCUGCGACGCAAGAGGGGUGACCGAGAGGGCCGGGAAGAGGCUAGCGGAGGGGGCGGAGGCAGCCGCAAGAGCUGGAGUACCGCCACCUCACCCAUAGGGGGCGAGAAACCAUUUAGUCCAACUGUCCAAGUCCCCACCCUAGAGGUACCCCGAGUUAUAGCUCCUAUAGUACCCCGACCCCCCGAGCCCCAAUCCCAGCCCCUUCCCCAACCACAGAAUCGGUCGGAAGAAAGACGGAACGGGAAGGAAUACACGGAGGACAGGAAAGAGGAGGGGGGAAUGAUCUCUGCCUGCCCCUGGAGACAGGAGAGGAAUGGGAGGGAGGAGGAGUUUGAAUGCCGCCUCUACGCCCCACCUCUGCGCUCACAGUCCCCGUCACUCACACACGGAGAGACUGAUUUGAACCUCAAAGUGACCGCUCAGCAAAGUAGCCCUGCCCGCUCAUGCUCUGAGGAGCUGUACCGCCCAUCGUCCUUGACGACCAGCUCUAUGACGACCUCCAUUGUUGUGACGAGUCCCCUCAGCCCAAGCCCGGGCACUAGCAGGAAGUUACCUCCCCUUCCUGUGGUCUACUGCGGGGAGGCGGGGCCAAAGAAGAAGGGGAUGACCCUAUCCUUGAGGACAGACACAGGAAGGAAGGAUAACAGCGGCACCGCCAGCCCGAGCCAGUUCCUUCCCGUUCCUGUAGCCGUGGCGACCACAACACUGACGGUCGCCUGCCAGGGUCGCACAGAAAGGUCCGAGGUCGAAGAUCGCAAGUGCAACAAACCGCCGGUGGCGAGACGUCCAUCUUGGCUUGCAGACAACCAUCCACCAACAUUCAGUCACAGAGCUGCUAGUGUGUCAGACGGCUCAGAGAGUGUGAGUAUGAUUGACAUGCGCUGCGAGGAGGACGCCAUUCUGCCAGCGCACAGCCAGGCUCGCCACGAGCUCAUGCACAACCAGUACAACAUGCUGAAGGAGGAAGAGGACCACUGGCAGGAUGAUCUGGCCCGCUGGAAGAGUCGCAGGAGAAGCGUCUCCCAGGACCUCAUCAAGAAGGAAGAGGAGAGGAAGAUGAUGGAGAAGCUGAUGACUGGCGAUGGUGGGGCCACUUCUCAGAGGAGGAAGAGCAUCAAGACCUACAGGGAGAUUGUGGAGGAGAAGGAGCGGCGUGAGAAUGAGCUCCGCGAGGCCUACCGGUCAGCCCGCACCCCGGAGGAGGCGGCUGCGGUGCUCCAUCGCUACGCCCAACGCUUCACCAUCAGCGAGGCAGUGCUGGAACGUCUGCAGCUUCCCAAACUGCUGGACCGGAGCGUGUCCGAUGACCCUUCUGCCGCCACGCGUCUUCCCCUAACUCCGACCUCCUGCCCUCCGACGCCCGCAUCCCCAGAAGACGAUCCGAAUGGCCCCAUGAAGUACCUGAGGCAGCAGUCGCUCCCCGCGCCCAAGUUCACCGCCACUGUUGAGGCCAGGGUGCUGGGGUUCCCCCAGGGUCAGUCGCAUCGGCCCCAGAUACGGUCACGCACGCCCGAACCGAACCCCACAGCCCGGGGGGUUUCGACCAAGUCGGUGCCUUUGCUGACGCCCAAGCCUUACAUCCAACCCAAGGGAAUGCAGACCCAGGCCCCAGCCCGGCCUGGCAAGGUCGACGGCUUGCUACGAGUGAAUGGCGAAACAGGGAAUGACGAGGUCACCACUCCAGAGAGCGAGGGGAGGACCUCCCCGCUACGAUUCUACCCUUGCCCCGACACACCGACAGCCUCCUUUGACCCAUUUGACACGCCCCCGCGUGCGGCAACUCCCCAACCCGCACAGAGCCCAUCCCCCAGGGCGAGCCAAUCACCAGCCAUUCCAGUGGACGCGGAGGUUGGUUCAAGCACAAGCACCAUGGUCCCACCUUCUUCUGUGUCAGGGGAAGGUGUCGCCCAGGAGAGUAAAACAUGGGAGUCUGCCCCGCCGAGCCGACCCACCUCCCUUCCCGUGGAGCUACAGAGUGCAGGGGGCAUGGUGGAUGCGGGAGGGAUGUCUGCUGCAGGGACACUGGAGGAGGAGGAGCCGAACACAGCAGAGGCCGCAGCAAAGCCUUCUCCAGCUACAGUGUCUCAACAAGAUUCCAAGGGACAAACAGAGGUGUGUAUGAAUGCCAAAGAAGCCAGACCUGACACCCCACCUCUCGUCCAAUCAGAACCCACAAAGCAGCAAGCAGCACUGAUGAAUGCACAGGUCAGACAGCCCAGCCUGGCGUCUUCUCAGAGACCAGAGGAAGUUGCCGCCUUGGCUGAUCCAGGACCUGUCGGAAACACACUCCGAUGUGAAGCGCCCACAACGGAGCUGACUGACAUUGCCAGUUAUCCGCUAGAACCCGGCAAUCCUAGGUUAGGCCGACGUCGAGAGUUCUUCACCCCGUCAGAGGGGGCAGAGAAAGAGCUUGGUAAAGUAGCGGUCACUCAGGUGUCAUCCCCGAUAGUGACCCAGGCUAAGCGGGGUGACCGCUGGUCUUGGGACCCAGAUGAGGAACGAAAGCGUCAGAAAAGGUGGCAGCAAGAGCAGGAGCGCAUGCUUCAGGAGAAGUACCGGAGGGAGCAGGAGAAGCUGAAACAGGAAUGGGAGAAGGCACAGAGGGAGGUAGAAGAGGAGGAGCGGAGGUACCAUGAGGAGGAGCGUAGGAUAUUAGAGGAGACUGUGACGCCCCUGACCCCACACUCAUCCGCCCUGCCCUCGCCCAUCCGGGGAGAAGCCCCCUUGUCCAUGGACCCCCAGGAUACCAUCGUCCGGUCGCUGGCCGACUGGGAACGCAAGCAGGAGCUGCUGGAGAGACAGGGGGGGAGCUCAGAGAGUGUGGAAUGGAAACAACGAGACAAUGACAGGAGUAGUGACAUCAGCACGGCGUCCAGAGACGACAGCAUGAAAACAGCAGUCAGCUCUAUCAGCCAAAAUAGCAGUCGGUCAGACAAGCUGACGCCCAGUAUUCAGAAUGGCCAAAGAGUGUCUCCCAAUACGGUUCUGCCCAACAAGAAACCACAACCGGAGAUGCUGUUGGACUGCACCAGACCCAGUCAGCAGACAGCCUCUCGGGACAGGAGGUGUGGCUCCAUUGAAACCAUGGCAGCCAGUCCAUCAAAGUCACCCACCACAUCCCCAUCCGACAUGCCUCCAUCUCCAAACAGGUCGGUGAGUGGUAAGAAGCUGUGCUCCAGUUGUGGUAACCCUCUGGGAAAAGGGGCGGCCAUGAUCAUUGAGACCCUCAGCCUUUACUUCCACAUCCAGUGCUUUAAGUGUGGCGUCUGUAAAGGCCAGCUGGGCGAUACUAGUACAGGGACAGACGUAAGGAUCCGGAAUGGCCUUCUCAACUGCCACCAAUGCUACAUUCGCUCUCGUUCUGCUGGCCAGCCAACCACAUUGUGACGAUGUUUGGUCAGUGGAAAGCGCAAGGAUCGCCGAGCAUUGGUUGGACCUUCAUCCCGCUUUUCUGGAUAGUCACGUCUGUGUGCAAUGUAUCUUGUCUGUCAAGACCUAUGUUGGGGAAUUUUGCAAUGUCCACAGUUUGUAACCCAUGAGUUACCUGACAUUAGAAGGUUUUAUGUUUGUGUGCGUGGAAUAAUAGCCAGACUGAUCAUAUGUGCCGUAUGAAUCAUAUUGGUCCUGUAUGAUCACAGCUUAAAGGUUCUCACUUCCUCCUUUCCACAUGCACCCAGAAGACCUAGGUAGGAUGGUGGUCAUUUUGCGUCAAAGCUCUGAUACUGUAAAUAUACAGUAAGCCUCCAUCACUGCAAAAACUCAUGAAAAUACCAAUGCGAUGUUAAGUCCAACCAUGGAAUUUGUCACUGGGCUAAAUAUUUGUUUGUUAGAAACCCAUUUAUUUGAAUUGAAAUAUUCUCUGGUAUCCAGGUUGUUGGGCCUUAAUUGUAUUUUGUUUUCGUAAUUUAAGCUUCUCCUUUGGUCGCUAAAGAAGGUUGUCAAGUUUUUGAAUUGAAGUUUCAAGUAACCAAUUGUUUUAGAAGUGUAGCCUAUUCCAUUUUGACUUUGUUAUUUAGGGGUUAUAUCUUGAUGGUCGAGCACUCUUACAAAAGCCUGAUGGUUUUUCCUGAUUUUGCGGUAAUCCAUAAUUAAUUCAAAAUCUUGGUUUAAAUUCUGGGAGGAAAACUGUUUGGCUGGCAUUAUUAUACUUUCAGGCAGCUCGAACAUUAUCUUAUGAUUUCUUCCAUACCGGUUGCUUUAAUACUGGAGACCAGUCAAACGUUGUAUUUUUCUCUCUUUCUUUGCUCGAUACAAAUAUCAGCUUACGAAGUUAGAUGUACUUGAUUUUAGAGCAAUAACAUUAUACUGAUGCAUGUGGUUGAGCAUGUGGAGGUAAACAAUUGUCAUAACCAAUUAAUGCUAAUUUACUAAACCUUUCGGUUUCCUUUUAACCGAAUCUCUUUAUGAAUUUCAUGCUUGGAAUGUCAUGAAACUUGUGCCUUAGUUAAGCAGGUGAUUGCACAUGCCAGGAUUGGGAGCCCAGACGGUGUCCAACAAGACUGGUAAGAAAUUAAGAAUGGGUUUUCCCAUUUGAGUAUGAUUGGAUUGGAUGGGAAGUUUCUGUCCAAAAAGUACUAAAUAUUUAGAGGACACUGCACCAGGGCUUAAAAUCAGUCACAGAUGUAUGUUAAUACUCCACUUUACUUUUUACUCAUGUCAUAGCAUACUGAACAGUUCAUUGUUUUCUUAUGAUUUCGUGAUUUGCAGUGGUAGCUGUUAAACUUUAAAAACGUCAUAUAUGAUAUAUGGUUAAAAUGUUUAAUACCAGCCCUUCGCAACAAAAAAAAACACCACUGAUUAAGUGUAUUGGAAUAUUAAUAUAUUAUAAUGAAUAUAGGCCUCUGUUGACGGUGGUGACGAUUUUGUUAAAUGCACAGCAGUACAGAACCAUUUUCAACAAAAUAAAUAAAUUUAGGCCAAGGUCUAGUUGUUGCUUUGUGAAAUUGAUGCUAACAUGUUCUUACCGGGAGCUGUACUUUACGUAAUAGUCUACAGUGAUGGUAAAUGCACGUUGGCCUAUAUACGACCAUUUCCUAUAUCAAAAUGAAUCCAUAGCAUACUCUUAUAUUGGACGUAUGAUCCUUUCUAAACGAGUAGCUAGCUUUCAAUUUUGCCCUGUCUCGUCUGGGUUCCUUUUUCUGAUAUACAGUAUUUUAAAGCUUCGGUUCUGAUUGCGUAUUUUUUUUACUUAUAAAAUUAAUAAACCUUGGCUGAUACUCUGCAGGGGGCAUCUUUGAAAGACAUUAAUAUCGGUAUUGUCUUAGCAGGAUGAAAUGCUUGACAGUGGUAGGCCUAUGUCCAAGUUCUGUAUUUAUUGUAAUAUUCACCUGAACUCUAUCCGAAUAUAGAUUAAUUUGAUGUUCAAAUGCAAUGGCUUUAUAGCAAACUGUAUGUUUAUAAAUAAAAUGUUUUAAAGAAA